AUGCCCUGUGCCCGACCGGCGUGCGCCGCCAGCCCCAGCUGUGCCGAUGACACCUUGUCCCACAACAUCUGGGUGGCCUACGACAAGAACGGGCACCAGGCGUUCAACGAGGACAACCUCAAAUUCAUCCUCAUGGACUGCAUGGAGGGGCGAGUGGCCAUCACACGGGUGGCAAACCUGCUGCUCUGCAUGUAUGCCAAGGAAACAGUGGGAUUUGGGAUGCUGAAGGCCAAGGCGCAGGCGCUGGUGCAGUACCUGGAGGAGCCACUCACACAGGUGGCCGCAUCCUGAGCGGGACAGAGGAGGGCUCGGAGGUGCUGCCAGGCUUUGACACCAUCACUGUCAUGGGUGGACGGUGAGCGGCCCCGUGGGCAUCCCAGAGCUCUGGUGUGGCCUUAAAAAUAAGGUGGGGGAAGCACAAAAGCUGGGGGGUAAUAAAAAUGUGUCUGAUG